AUGGCAAAGGAAAGCCUCUUGGACAGUGACAAGGUCGUAUACUCAUCGGAAGAUGAGGAUGAAGAGACCAAAAGGGCUCGGGGGUGCGCUACUUCAUAUUUAGUCGACGAACGUGAGACUUCGGGCAAGUUGCCUCCGAAGUUUCGUCAGCGCUGGUUUAGAGCCGCUUCAAUGCUGGCGCUAGUUUCAUUUAUAUCGGCCGUUGGAUUUAGCAUAGCGUCGAUUAUAAUUUCACAAACAACUGAAAGUUCAGCGGUGUUUGCAACAGGUUUCGACGCAUUCUUCGCGGCUAUAAAUGUGGUAGCUGUCUGUUGGAGAUUUCGUGACGAACUCAACGGAGAAAUCGGAACAAUGAGAGAGAAGAAAGCCAGUACAGUGAUAGCGACUUCAUUCAUACUUGGUGGAAUUGCAACUAUUGUUAUUGCUCUUCACAAUCUCGAAAUUGAUGACCAUCCCACCAAGACUGACGAAAUGAAGGUAGUUCUUGGUGUGGGUGCUUUAUUGUACGCAAUUCUUACUUUUCUCCAGUGCUAUGUUGCACAAUUGGUAAACAGUCAGUCCAUGAGAGCGCUAGCGGUGGAUUCAGCCCAAGGUGCGUUUAUGUCUGUUGGACUGUUGGUAUCUACUUACGUUUAUACCAAAUUUAAACAAUUUUGGUAUCUGGACCAUGUAGUUGCGACAAUAGUAGGUGUUUUGUCUUUAAUAUACGGUAUAAGUUUAUUUGUGGAAAUACUUGGGUUAAAUAUAAAGGAAAGAUUAAUGUUAGCUUUCCAGAGAGAAUUUUAA